CUCGAAUUCCUAACAGAGGAAGCGAGAAGACUUUUCGACACAGAUCAAGACAUGGCAGACACUGCAGCAGUGGAAACGGCUCCCGCCGCCGCACCCGCCGCUCAAGCCAAGACCCCGAAGAAGAGGAAGGCGCCGUCCGUCCGCGCCAAGUCCACCGGCCCCAAGUUGGGCGACCAGAUCCGCAAGGUGGUGGCGGCGAGCAGCGACCGCAAGGGGAUCUCCGUGGCGGCCAUCAAGAAGGCUCUGGCCAGCGGCGGCAUGGACGUCGACAAGAAUCGCGGCCGCAUCAAACUGGCUAUCAAGAGGAGCGUCGACAAGGGCUCCCUGGUGCAGACCAAGGGCAAGGGCGCCUCCGGUUCCUUCAAGCUCCCCAAGAAAGAGCCCCAGGGGAAAGUGGUCAAGAAGGCCAAGAAGACUGGGAUCAAGAAGUCCGUCAAGAAGCCGGCGGCGGUCAAGAAGUCGGCCAAGAAGCCGGCGGCUGGGUCCAAGAAAUCGCCCGCCAAGAAGCUGGCCAAGAAAUCGCCCGCCAAGAAACUGGCCAAGAAAUCGCCCGCCAAGAAACUGGUCAAGAAAACCCCCGCCAAGAAGGCGCACGCUGGCCCGAAAAGGGCUCCCGCCAAGAAGGCGAAAGCCGUGGCGGCCAAGCCGGCCUCGGCCAAGCCGAAGGAGGUCGCCAAACGAAGCCGCCCGUCGAAACCCACAAAGGGCAAGAAGGCGGGCAGCAAACAGAAGAAGUGAAGCGGCUUGUUUCUAAUAAUAAAACAAAAAUGCAAAAAAAAAUACAAACCAAAAAAAAAAAGACACAAAGGCUCUUAUCAGAGCCACCACACUUGUCAAAAAAAAAGAGCUGAGAUCAGAGAACGUCGGCUGAUAGGUGACACUAAGCAUUUUAUUUUCUUGCACUCAAUGGUGAUGGUACAAUAUAGAAUUGUAUUACGAGAUUAAGCAUCGUGCUAGCAUAAAUGAUGUAAACUGCGCAGAGUAGAGUAAAAGGAGUAGUAAACCGAUUAAAACCAAAACAAAAAAUUGUUGGAAAUCCAAAACAGAUCCAAAUCCAAAACAGAAACAAAUACCCGGAGGAAAAAAAAAACCCAGCAUCGGCAGAGAAGAGCACAGUUGACGUUUGGAACCCUCAUGACCCUUCCACAGAACUGCCAGACCAGCUUGAGUUUUUCCAGGUUAUCUCUUUCUGUUUUUGUGUUGUAGUGAACUGAUUGUUGUGUUUGCUAAUCAAAAAAAAAACAGAAUUAACUGGACAAACUCAGCAGGUCUAGCGGCAUCGGCGGAGAAGAAUAGAGUUGACGUUUCGAGUCCUCAUGACCCUUCCACAGAACUGAUCUUUCAUUACAAUGUUUAAGGGCCUUUUG